AUGGCAUCGAGGAAAGAGCUAGUAAAAGUUAGUUAUCAAGACCUGAAAAUAUACCAACGUCAUUAUAAAGAAAUAUUGAAACUAGUUAACACCAGCUUUGGGAAGAUUAUCUACCUGUCCUGUACUAGUCAGCUGAUAUGGGGAUUAAUUUGCUUAACGAUUGGUAUAUUGACUUUGGUCAGAAACUGCGACUCUUCAGGCAUACGUAUUGGAAUAUGGUCCGGUGUGAUAUAUCUUUUCUGUGGCAUUGUGGGCCUGGUUGCCGCUGGCAACGUCAGUUACACGAACGUUAUGUGUUACUUGAUAGCUUCAAUGAUGGCGCUUUUUAUUGCGGUAACUGCAUUGUUUUUGGGCGGACGCCAGCUUCAUCAAAUCAUAUUUGAUAACAUUACAACCGAGUGCACCGUGUACCCGGCUAUGCUACUGUGUUUCAGCUUUGUAGAAGCCAUCACUGCUGUAACUGCGACUAUUAUAGCAUUCCAGUUGGGAAAGGGUCCCGUAACGCCCUCACUGUUGCCGGGCUUGUAA